AUGCAUUAUGUCUAUGAAAUAUGUAAACCUAAUUCACAUAUUUACUAUAAUAGAAUUUCUCAAAAUUACUUUGAAACUCGUUCAAAACUAGUCACAGAAUACCGAGAAACUGAAAAUAUAAAUCCAUAUCCACAUAAAUUUCACGUUGACCUUUCAAUUUCGGCUUUUAUCGAAAAAUAUAGCCAUAUUGAACCUGCUCAACAGUUUAAUCAGGAAAUAAUUACAGUAGCCGGUCGAAUUCAUAAUAAACGCGAAUUGGGUAAAGUAAUAUUCUAUGACCUCCAUGGUGAUGGUGCUAAAAUUCAAAUUGUUGCGAAAGUACAAGAUUCUGAGCGUGACUUUGCCAAAAUUCAUUCCGCAAUCCGUCGUGGUGACAUAGUCGGCGUUCAAGGAUAUCCUGGACGAGUUCCGCAAGGCGAAUUAUCCAUUUAUUCAAAAGACAUAACUCUGCUUUCACCAUGUCUCCAUCAAUUGCCAACACCACAACAGGGAUUCAAAGAUCAAAAUAUUCGAUAUCGACAACGGUAUCUUGAUUUGAUCAUGAACAAUAACAGUCGUGAGAAAUUUAUUAUUAGAGCAAAUAUUAUUAAUUAUAUUAGACGGUUUUUGGACGAUCUCGGUUUUUUAGAAGUAGAAACGCCAAUUAUGACACCAACUCCAAGUGGCGCCUUUGCAAAACCGUUCAUCACACAUCAUUCUGAUCUUAAACGUGAUAUUUUCUUACGCGUCUCUCCAGAGCUAUUCCUCAAACAACUUGUAGUGGGUGGAUUUGAUCGUGUUUAUGAGAUUGGGCGACAAUUUAGAAAUGAAUCGAUUGAUGCAACACACAAUCCGGAAUUUACAUCUUGCGAAUUUUAUAUGGCAUAUGCUGAUUUUUACGAUUUGAUGAGGAUAACAGAAAUGAUGCUGGAAGGAAUAGUUAAGAAAAUUACGGGUGGAUGUAUAGUAAAUUACUAUCCGAAUGAAGGACUUUCACAUAAAGAUGAUAAAGUAAUGGAAUUGGAUUUUUCUUCACCGUUUAAAAAAGUUAAUAUAAUACCUAGUCUAGAAAAAAAUUUAGGAAUAAAAUUUCCAGCGCUAGACGAGUUACAUACCGAGGAAUCAAAUAAGUUUUUGAAACAUAUUUGUGAAGAACGCAAAAUUAGUUGUAAAAGUCCAAGAACCAACAACAGAUUAUUGAAUAAACUUAUUCAAAAAUACAUUCAACCUACUCUUAUAUCUCCUACAUUCUUAGUAGGCUACCCAUUAUUCACGUCUCCGUUUGCCAAAUCUCAUCGAGGUUUACCUUAUUUAAGUGAACGUUUCGAACUAUACGUAGCAACAGAAGAAAUUAUAAAUGCAUAUACUGAAUUAAAUGAUCCUUUUGAACAACGAGAGAGAUUUAAAAAGCAAGAUUUGGAAAGGGAAAAAGGGGAUCAAGAAGCACAAGUUACCGAUGAAGCGUUUUGUACGAGUUUAGAAUAUGGGAUGCCACCCACUGCUGGUUGGGGGCUCGGCGUAGAUCGGCUUACUAUGUUUUUGACUAAUAGUUCAACUAUUAAAGAGGUUUUAUUUUUUCCUGCUUUGAAAAAUAUAUAA